UGUGCUAGCCUCAAAAAACUGUUGAAUAUAGAAUGACGUUGCAGACAAAAAUCAAUGUAAAAUAUAAAGCAACAGUAACAGCAACAGUAACAGCAAUAAUAACAACAACAGCAACAACAACAACAAGUCUGCGCCGCCAUUAACACCCACGCAUCCUCACUCACGCACAUUUGGGCUUAAGUUGAAGCAGAAGGAAGUCAUCAGCAUUACAAAUUGUUAAGUGUCAGCAGCAACAGCAACAGCAGCAGCAGCAGCAGCAGAAGCGACAGCAAUAACAAUAGCAACAAUAGCAAUAGCAACAAUAAACAGAUAACGCAAAAUUAAUAAUAGACAACAUUUUGCGUGGAAUAUUUUGUAGAUUGCUAUUGAAAAGUGUUUUCGACUUUCGGUUCGAUUGUUGAAGUGUUUAAUUUUUUUUGUUUUUGUGUGCCUGUGCCUAUUUCUAGUGAUUUAAAAUGAAACCAUCGGAUCUUUUGUUGGUACUGGAAAAGGUCAAGUUCAGGGUGCCACUGCCGCACGGCGUCAGCUCGACAACUCUGCUGCCAAAGCUCAUACGCACGAAGGAUGUCAAGCAGCUGCAGGAUGGCAAUGCGCAGCCCACAAAGCCCAAGCUAACGAAAUGUCUCAACACGCUCGAUCUAACAUCGUUGGGCAUUGGCUCGUGCUGCGGAACUGGCAUGUACCUGGUAGCUGGAAUGGUGGCCCAGAAGAUAGCGGGACCCGGUGUGAUUAUAAGUUUUAUUAUAGCCGCGAUCGCGAGUAUUUUCUCAGGCGCGUGCUAUGCAGAAUUUGGCGUUCGUGUGCCACACACAUCCGGCUCGGCCUAUAUGUAUUCAUAUGUGGCAGUUGGAGAAUUUGUAGCUUUUAUAAUUGGUUGGAACAUGAUAUUGGAAUAUCUAAUAGGAACAAGUGCCUGUGCCUGUGCGUUAAGUUCAAGUUUUGAUUCGUUAACUGGCAACGCGAUUGCGCGGUGGAUGAGCGAUUCCAUCGGUACAAUAUUUGGCAAACCACCCGACUUCAUAGCGUUUGGCAUAACGCUCAUCAUGACCUGCAUAUUGGCGAUGGGCGCCAGUAAAUCUGUUAUUUUUAAUCAUUCCCUAAAUGCCAUUAACCUUGCGGUGUGGGUAUUUGUGAUGGCUGCUGGCCUCUUCUACAUUGACACAAAAACGUGGUCGGAGCACCAGGGUUUUCUUCCCUACGGCUGGAGCGGCGUAUUUUCUGGCGCGGCCACAUGUUUCUAUGCAUUUAUUGGUUUCGAUAUUAUCGCAACCACCGGCGAGGAGGCGCAUAAUCCACAGAAGAGCAUACCGAAGGCCAUUGUUGGCUCCCUCAUUGUGGUGCUGAUUGCCUACGUCACUGUCAGUCUAGUUCUUACUUUAGUCGUGCCCUACGAUCACAUAAAUUCUGAUGCGGCACUGGUGCAAAUGUGGUCUUACGUGAAUGCGCCCAAAUGUCGGGCAGUGGUGGCGAUUGGGGCCACAGCUGGUCUUUCCGUAGCUAUGUUUGGCUCCAUGUUCCCAAUGCCACGCGUCAUCUAUGCCAUGGCCCAGGACGGCUUGAUCUUCAGGCAACUCUCGCAGCUGUGGCAGCGCACAAAUGUGCCUGGUCUGGCCACCAUUGGUAGCGGUUUGGCUGCGGCACUAGUGGCCCUCACCGUGCGUCUUGAAAUUCUUGUGGAGAUGAUGUCGAUUGGCACACUACUCGCCUAUACGCUGGUGUCGACGUGCGUGCUGGUGCUGCGCUAUCAACCCCAUAGUACAUCGUUGGUGGAGCUGCUGCCCGCUCAAUUGCGUACACCACUGGCGCCCGGGACGGCAACUGACCCUCAUGCUACGCCCGCAGAGGUGCUCGAGCCGACCAAGCUGACCAUCAAGCGAGUGACUCGAGGCAUGUCCGACUCGGACGAUUCGUUCAUAGACGAUAGUCCCGAGGGCUAUUUGGGACGGGACGAUCAGUUUUUAGUGUCCGAUCGCUCAGAGAAUAAAUUUUAUGGCAGCGUUCAUGGGGCACCCACCGGACCCACGGGUCAAGCGACAGCUUUCGACACCAUGGGCUUGAACUUCAUUACACGCAAGAUACACGACUAUGCCUAUCUUUGUCCCGGCUUCUUUCCCUGGAUCAAUCCUGGCCAGGCAACCUCUGAAAGUGGCAUGUAUGUCACGAAACUUGUUGGAAUCAUGUUCGGUCUCAUAUUCUUCUUGGAUUUAUUUGCGGCCAUUGGCUGGUCCGGUGGCUUCGCCGCAUUCAUUUAUAUUAUUUUAUUUAUCGCCAUAUUUGUGAUAUUAUUGAUUAUAUCGAGACAACCACAGAAUAGAUAUGCACUCGCGUUUCUAACGCCUGGACUUCCAUUUGUUCCGGCUAUCGCAAUAACUGUUAAUAUUUAUUUAAUAUUUAAGCUAAGCAUACUGACCCUAGUUAGAUUCACAGUCUGGAUGUCGCUCGGUCUUGUCAUGUACUUCUAUUACGGCAUCACGAACAGCAGCCUCGAGCCCAGCGACGAUAUGGAGCUGCAUGUGGAAAAGGACUAUAGCAAAAACGUGGACGAUAAGGCCGUUUGGGAUCAGCAGUCCUACAUAAACCAAGCGCAUGAGCCCGUCUGGGCCAGCAAAGAGGUCAAGCAGCCAUCGAAACAACGGUAUAACUAUGGUAAAUCGUCGACUACGAGCACACAAGGCAGCUCAAGAAAUGCGGCGAAUGCGACAAAGUCCGCCCGAAACUCAGGGCCUCCGAAACCAGCACCUGGUGGCGACAAAACGCGCGGUGCGACAGGCUCGAAAGAUGCGAGCGCCGGAAGCGCCCCGAGCGGUACUGGCCAAAGGGAACAUCAAUAUACUGGCCAAUUCAGUAUGUUCGUGGAUGAGAAUCAGUUUCCGACGUGGGACGAUUAGGCUGGCCGCCAUGUGCUUUCCAAAUAAAAGCAGUAUAUACAUAUUUCAGUUGACCUAAUAUCAAAUAUUUCCAAAUACAUAUUUGGACAGUACUUUUAUAAUUCAUACUAUUCCAAAAUGCAGCUUGGGAGUGAUAAACAAAGAACAGAAACAGAGGAUUAGGGAUUGAGAGGGACACAAAGAGAGAGAGAGAGAGAGUAAUGUGUGUGUAAUAGACCUGUGUGAAAAAUUUGUAAUGUUUUGAAGAGCCCUUGCUCCCCCACUUACCCACAAGUACCAGCAUGCCUGUACACAAGCUUUUUUACCUAAACCUAUCCCAAGAAGAUGAAUACUCAUACACACAUACAUACAUACAUAUACAAAUAUAUAUAUACUUACCUACCUGUACAUAUGAUUAGACAUACUAAGUGAGAAUAUAUUAGCAGAUAUACUUACAAAUACUACAUAUAUACAUGCGCAUGUAUGUGUGGAUAUAUUCGGUAUGGAAAUUAAACGAAAUAUUUGUUUGUAUAUGGAAGAGCCAUAUGCCUAUAUAUACACAUACACACAUAUGUAUGUAUAUAUGCAUAGUACAUGCAUUGAACGCAGCUUACAGUGGAACUUCAGUUCGCCUUUGAUCUACCGAUUAGUUUUCCGACAUAUAUACAUACAUGCAUUAAGUUUUUUUUUGUAUGUAAACGAUGCACUUACUCAAUAAGUAGCUAGCUAUGUUACAAUUCAUUUACGAUUACUCAAGUCUGCUACGAUAUUUCAUUUUGGAAUUGUGGGGAAUUGGAAUUGAUACAUACGUGUGCCCAUAUCUGAAAAGGAUUGAGUUGUUCUGUUUCAAUUGGAAUAGUGUCUUGAAAUUGAAACAAUUUACCAAUUUCGAUUCCGCAUAAUGGGAUCGAGCUCGGAAACGGGAACAUGCCUACUCGUAAUUAUCUAUGUUUAAUUAUUUACCAUUCUGCUUAGUUAAAACGCCAAUUUGUUAGCUAGCCUCACGAUUGUACAGAUUUGGGAAAUAGCAACCACUCGAAGCUCCACUGUAGCUGCACACACAAAUGCAUGAAUACAAAA